UCAUAGUAACUGCUAAUUGCUAAUGCUGCUUGCAAAAGUCUAAACUUUAGAACCCAUUAACCUGUGUGGAGAAUGAAGCUCUUUGUCUUGAGGAUCAAAGGUCAGUGAUUUUGAGCUGCUCUCAGGUAAUUAAUGCACACUCUGAGAAGAUGAUUGAGAUAAGAUGUGUGGAAAGAAGGAGGAGGAUGAAGGCAGACUUUGACCCCGCAGCAGAGAACUCCGUUUUCUGGAUUAAUCUCUUGCUCCUGCGUGUUUCUCAGCUCCGAUCUCGGUUCUGUUUUACCAUGAAGAUUAACUUCGCUCCGGUUAAAGUGCCCAUGAAUAGAAGGCUCCAGACGGCCGCUGUGCUGCAGUGGGUCUUCUCCUUCCUUGCUCUGGCCCCUUGCUGUUUCCUGCUCUUCUUUUACCUCCUCUUCACUCGAUUUUGGUUGGUCAGUGUACUGUACGCCACCUGGUGGUUUGUGGAUUGGGACACGCCCUCUCACGGAGGAAGGAAAGUUCCCUUUCUGUGUCACCUCCCAAUGUGGAGCUACAUGAGGGACUAUUUCCUAUUCAGAUUGGUGAAGACAGUGGAUUUGGAUCCUCGGCAGAACUAUGUGUUUGGGUUCCACCCUCAUGGGGUUCUGGUUGCUGGAGCCUUCACCAACUUCUGCACGCAGGCCACAGGGUUCCAGCAGCUCUUCCCCGGCCUGAGGAGCUUUAUGCUCAUGCUGCCUCUGUGGUUCAGAGCUCCAUUCUUCAGAGACUACAUUAUGUACGCAGGUCUGGUCCCAUCUGAUAAGGACAGUGCGAGUUACCUGCUGCGUAAAGAAGGGGGCGGGAACGCAGUGGUGAUCGCAGUGGGCGGAGCUCUGGAGGCACUGGACGCUCACCCUGGAGCUCACACUGUCCUACUGGCCAAUAAAAAAGGCUUCAUCAAACUCGCUAUGGAACAUGGCGCCAGUCUGGUUCCUGUGUAUUCAUUCGGAGAGAACGAGGUGUUCGAUCAGGUCUCUAACCCACAAGGUUCCUGGUUACGGUGGAUGCAGGACCGCCUGCAAAGCAUCAUGGGUAUUUCUCUUCCACUAUUUCACGCUCGAGGGAUUUUCCAGUACAGCUUCGGCCUCAUGCCCUACAGGAAGCCCAUCAACACUGUGGUUGGGAAACCAAUCAGAGUGCAGAGAAAUGAGAAACCUUCCUAUGAGGAUCUGGAUGCUCUGCACGAGAUCUACAUGGAUGAACUCACACAGCUGUUCGAGGAGCACAAGGGGAAGUACGGGAUACCUGAAGACACACACCUGGUCUUCGUCUGAGCUGCGAAAACGUGUGUGUGUGUGCGUGUGUGUGUGAGCGAGCACGUGCGUGUGUGUGUGUGUGCGUGUGAGCGCGUGUGUAUGUGCGGGAGUGUGAGAGAGAGUGAAAGCUGCCAAAAAGACACAAAAGAUUGUAAGAACCAAAACAGUUGAUGGAUGAUGAUGAUGAUGAUGAUGAUGAUGAAGGGGAAUAUUCUGGAAAUUUCCGUCUCUGUGGAUAAACUGUAACGUAAAUCUGUCACAUAUUUAAAUAUGAAUCGUUUAUAUAAAAUAAUUAAUUAAAAGUGAUUUAAUGAAA